AUGGCGAAAGCAGUCUCAAGGGUGACCUCGAUAGAUCAGAUCUACUCAAAUGCGUCUGCUGGUGCUUUACCAGAACAAAAGUCUCGAUUUAAGCACUUGAUUGACUCCUUCUCCAAAGAGCAUGGCUCGAGACCAGACUUUGUAGCUCGAAGUCCUGGUCGAGUCAACAUCAUUGGUGAGCAUAUCGACUACUCGCUCUACAACGUGCUACCAGCUGCUGUUACAGUCGACGUACUCGUUGCCGUAAAGGUCAAAGAGCCGUCGUCAGGCACCACUAUCACAGUCGCCAACACGAACGAUGUGAAGUAUCCUAGAGACGAAUUCCAUGUUCCUCAAGAAGGUGACGUUCACAUCGGUGAGCACAACUGGUCGAACUACUUCAAGGCUGGACUUCGGGGUUCUGUACAAUUGCUAAGGAAAGAAUAUGGCAAUGACUUUAGACUGAAGAGCAUGGAUGUCAUGAUGGACGGCAAUGUCCCAGCUGGUGGCGGUUUGUCGAGCAGUGCUGCUUUCGUUUGUGCUUCCGCUCUCGCUGUUCUGGCAGCUAAUGGUCACGAGGUGUCCAAGCAAGAUUUACUCGACUUGUGUAUAGUCUCAGAACGUUCGGUUGGUGUCUAUUCAGGAGAAUUUUCAGCCGAAAACGUCCCUGUACCAGUCGCAGACCCCGAGAUCACUUUCCUCAUCGCACAGUCGUUUGUCACAUCAGACAAGGCGGUCUCGGCAGCUAGGCAUUACAAUCUCAGAGUCGUUGAAGUCACCCUAGCUGCAGUAGUACUUGCCAAGCUACACGAUAUCACCCUCAAUCCAGACUCCUCUUCCCUUGGUUUCAGCAUACGAAAUUUUCAGGAAGAGUUGAUGAAGUCACUGGGGAAGAGAGAAGUGGCUGAAGAUGAGCAACUCGAUAUGAUGAUCAAAGUUGUUCAAGAGAAGUUGACCAAACAAUCUUACAGCAGAGCGGAUGUGGCUGAAAUUCUAGGCCUAGAUGUAUCUGCUCUGGAAAAGGCUUACUUUUCCAAGUUCAAGGUCGAGGGCGAUAACUUUAAGUUGCAACAACGAGCCUUACACGUUGUACAAGAAGCUCGACGUGUGAUCUCAUUUAAGGACACCUUGUCUGCUAAUGCUGGACAGAAGUUGACCCAGGACCAACUAUCUUAUCUUGGAGACUUGAUGAACAAAACUCAAGGUUCGUGCAGGGACAUUUACGAGUGCUCUUGUUCUGAGAUUGACGACAUAUGUGCUAUCGCUCGCAACAACGGCGCUCUGGGCUCUCGGUUGACUGGUGCUGGCUGGGGUGGCUGUACAGUGCAUCUUGUACCUCAGGGAAAGGUUGACACCGUGACAGAAGCCUUGAAGAGAGAAUAUUAUAGUGUGAAGUUUCCUGAAUUGUCCGCAGAAAAGAUGAAGGAUGCUAUAGUGAUCAGCAAGCCUGGUCAAGGAAGCUCUUUGAUUACGGGUGAGGCUCUUGCAUUAUGA